GGCGAUUCGACAUUAUCAUCUAAGGAGAAAGGAUGGUAUGGUUCCCAUUGGGUACAUGCGCUCAUGGUGCCGCUGGAUCAACUACCUCAACCCUGUCGCCUAUGGGUACGAAUCUCUAAUGGUCAACGAGUAUCACGCCCGGAGAUUCACUUGCUCUUCGUACAUCCCCGUCUAUGAGGCUUCCGUGGCCACCAGUAUGGUUUGUGACGCUAUUGGCGCGGUGCGUGGACAAGCUGCCGUCAAUGGAGAUGCUUAUAUCACCUCGGCCUACAGCUACCACCAUAGUCACAAAUGGCGCAACGUCGGCAUCAUCAUCGCCAUGAUAAUUUUCAAUCAUCUGGUCUACUUCCUCGCGAGCGAGUACACCACAGCCAAAAGGUCCAAAGGGGCACUCUUGGUCUUUCGACGGGGGUUUAUUUCCCGAUCUCCCCGGCGGGCCAAGGGGGACAUCGAAAACCUGCCUUCGGGCCAGGUGGCCGCAAUGCUUGAAAAGCCAAGCAAUCACAGCGAUUCCAGUCGCGAAGCAGUCUUUGACGGCUCAAGAAGUGUGUCCCACUGGAGUGAUGUCUGUUAUGAAAUGAAGAUCAAGGGCAAGCCCCGGCGCACUCUGGACCUUGUCGAUGGCUGGGUGAAGCCGGGCACAUUGACAGCCCUAAUGGGGGUGUCCGGUGCGGGCAAGACAACCCUGCUAGACUGUCUUGCAGACCGUCACACUGGGGAGGGUGUACUCACAGGUGAGAUGCUGGUCGAUGGGAAGCUGCGCCAUGAGAGCUUCCAGCGCAAGACUGAGUAUGUGCAACAGCAAGAUCUACACCUGGAGACGAGCACCGUCCGUGAGGCUUUGGCCUUUUCUGCACUUUUUCGCCAGCCAAAAAGUGUUCCGGAAGCGGAAAAGCUGGCCCAAGUCGAUGAGGUGGUCGAGCUCCUCGACAUGCAGGAGUACGCAGAUGCUGUUGUUGGCGUUCCCGGAGAAGGCUUGAAUAUUGAGCAACGCAAGUGUCUUACCAUUGGCGUUGAGCUCGCCGCUAAGCCACCUCUGAUACUCUUUAUUGACGAGCCCACGUCGGGGCUGGACUCUCAAACCAGCUGGGCGAACCUCGACCUGUUUGUCAAGCUCUCCAGGGCGGGUCAAUCCAUCAUUUGCACAAUCCACCAGCCUUCUGCCAUGUUGUUCCAACGCUUUGAUUGCUUGUUACUUCUUGCUGAGGGGGGGAAGACUGUGUACUUCGGUGAUAUCGGACCCAAUUCCAAAACCCUGGUGGAGUAUUUCGAAAGCCAUGACGCCAAGCCUUGCCCUCCGAAUGCCAACCCGGGCGAAUGGAUGCUGGAGGUCAUUGGAGCCGCCCCUGGCUGCGAGUCAGACGUCGAUUGGCACGAGGUCUGGCGCUCCAGCCAAGAAUACCGUAAUGUUCAGGACGAGCUGGUCCGACUUCGGUCGUCAACGACCCCUCAACCUCUGGUCAAUGACAAUCACGAUUUGGCGACCUAUCAGGAAUUUGCGGUCUCUCCAUGGCGUCAAUUUAUCUUGGUUGCCGCCGUUCGGUCCCAAAAUCAGAUAUUUGCAAUUUUCGAACUGAUGAGCAUCGUGGGGCAGCUGGUUGACCAGCAAUUUCCACACUUCAUCGCGCAGCGCUCUCUUUACCAAGCUCGCGAGCGGCCGGCCAAGACCUACAGCUGGCAAGUGUUUAUCCUGAGCCAAAUCCUGGUCGAGAUCCCCUGGUACACGCUGGCCUCCGUCCUCAUGUGGGCAUUUUCCUACUUUCCCGUGGGGCUCUAUACGAAUGCCGACGCAGCCGGCCAGGGCACGGAGAAAGGAGUGCUCAUGUGGCUCCUCUUCUGGGUGUUCCUGCUGUGGGUGUCGACCUUCGCGCACUUGUGCAUCUCAUUUACCUCCUCAGCCAAUGACGGAGGCAAUGUGGCUAAUUUCAUGUUCGUCCUGGCCUUCAUUUUCUGUGGGGUGCUGGCGUCCCCGGACCAGAUGCCUCGGUUCUGGGUCUUUCUGUAUCGUGGCUCGCCUCUGUCCUACUACGUUGCAGCCGUUCUGUCGACAGGUCUGGCCAAUGUUAACGUGGCAUGUCCGAGCAAUGAGUUUACCGUGCUGGAUCCACCCCCGAGCCAGACGUGUGGGGAGUACCUGGCCGAUCAUAUAUCCAUUGCGGGGGGGUAUCUGCUCGACGCGAAUGCCACGAGCAAUUGUCAAUACUGCAAGGUCACGGAGACUAACCGCAACUUCAGCAUCAUGUGGGUGUAUGUGGCCUUCAAUGUGGUUGGGGCGCUGGCCUUGUACUGGCUGGCCCGUGUGCCCAAAGGAAACAAGGUGUCGAAUCACGGAUCUUCGCCAGAGUAG